GUCAUUUUAGUGUCAGUGACAAUCACUGAUUUGACGUUUGAGGUUAAAAAAUGUUGUGAAGUGAAAAAAGGGUGUCAGUGCUCGUUGGUUUUUCGAGUCUAGAAACAUUUUAAAACAAAUAGUAGAUGUGCUUUAAUGUUACGAUCAAGGUAGUCUACAGGUACUUCCUCUGUAUGAAGCAAAUUAGUCAAAUCAAAGAGAUUGUAUACUUGUCAAAAUAAAUGUAGCAAGUUCAAGAAUACUUUUUCGCAAUGACCGAAAACACCGAAGAAAAUAACCAGAACAGCUUGACACUCGUUAAAAACGGACAACCAGAUACACUACUUAACCAUGUCGAGAUAUCGGUUUCCGAGUCCGAAAGACGCGCGAAUGGGUCGUUAAAUAUUCGAGAUUAUUACACUGUCUACCUUGUUGAAGUCAAAGUGACAGAUCCAGAAUACCAUUCCAAACUUGGCAAGCUAACGACAGUUUGGAGAAGGUACACAGAAUUUGAACAGCUACGAGAUUACCUGGAUGUUACAUAUCCAUAUGUUAUUUUGCCUCCGUUACCUGAAAAGAGAGUCAUGUUUGGAUGGCAGAAGAUAUCAAGCGACACAUUUGAUCCCAACUUCAUAGAUCGCAGAAGAGCCGGCUUGGAGAAUUUUCUGCUGCGGAUCGCAGCCCAUCCGGUACUUACCUGGGAUGAACAUUUCAUCGAGUUUUUGCAACAAGAGGAAGGUUGGAGAGAAUCAUACAAAGCUAAUGGAUAUUUACAACUAGUAGAAAGUAAGCUGAAGAGUUUAAGUUUGGCCGUUCGGUUGAAAAAAACUGAUCCAAAGAUAGAAGAGUACAAGCAAUAUGGAAUUACGCUUCAUAAUAAUCUUAAUAACCUUUUGAAAGCACGAUCCAGGGUAGCCGAGAAACAGUAUACCGUCCACAAGCUCCACGCUAACUACGGACGAGUAUUUAGCGAAUGGAGCGUGAUAGAGAAAGAAAUGGGCGACGCUCUGCAGAAGACCGGCCAUUACUUCGAUUCGCUGGCUUCCUCGAUAGAUGCCAGCCUCGAGGACGAGGAGCUGCUAGCCGAUCAGCUCAAAGAGUACCUGUUUUUCGCCAUAUCGUUGCAAAACGUUUGCAGGAAUUACGAAAUAUUGCAACUGCAGUUAGAAGAUGCCGAAGAAAAUGUAGCGAAUAAAAACGUGGAACGUACGAGGGUUCAGCAAGGCAAGACGGGUCUGAUUUCAAGAUUGUUCGGAGCGGUAGAUACCGAAGAAGUUAGGGAAUUUAAGGUGAAUCAGUUGGAUCAGCAAAUUGAAGAGGGAGCCGUAGUCGUUAACAAUACCAAAGAAAGCUUAAGUGAAUUUUCUGCAAAAGCCUUGAGUGAUAUAGAGAUGUUUCAACAUCAAAAACUAUUAGAUCUACGGGAAACUUUAGCUAGUUAUGCAUUUCUGCAGCUCAAAACAGCAAGAAAGGGCCUUAAUACUUGGAUACAAAUACGAGAUUGCCUGCAAAAUACUCUUCAAUAGCAUCAUUAUAAUGGGCGUACUUAAAUAUUUUUAUACUUACCUGUAUAUACUGCAACCAGUGUAUUUUAAAAAUAUGUAUAAGUGUACUUCUACACGCUAUAGAACAAAUUAAUUUAUUGUGAUAAUAUAAGCUAAAUACGUUAAAAACCACAACUUUGUUAAUGAUCACAAAUUAUCUAUAUCUAUACCAAAAAUGCACGGUUUACAGUGUGAAAGUAUUUUAAGUUGGCGUGUCUUUGGGAAGCGCUUAAUUGUGAUUCCUAAAUUCUUGAGACUCCCUGAUUCCUCUUCUCGUCGUUCUAGCCGCUGAAUGAAACUACUGUUGUUGAAUAAAAUUAUCUAUUAAACGUAUCGACCCUCAACAGUCUUUCUCAAAGUACAAGUAAUUUGACAUUUGCGGUAACAGAGCUGAGGUGCUUCGUAAAUGCGAGAUCUGCUGGUCCAAAUUUAUUUGUUUCUCCGCGUUGAACGGUCGAUCAAUGGUCUUUAAUUCUCACUUACUUGUUUCCUCAUCGUGAGGAUACUAUGAAGUGUGGGGUUUUUUUGAAAGUCUAGAUAUAUGUGUUCAGCACGGUACCAUGUUCCAGUCCUAAUCCCAAUCCCGCGUUCUGUUUUUCGCAAACACAACUAGUCGUUCCCAAAAAUGUCACGAGUUAUCGUUUUUUUUUCAGUCAAAUCUCUGAAAGUUGUUUGCUAUGGAGCAUUCUUAUUUACUGGCUGUUAAUUAAAGCUUCCUUGCAAUAAAACAAUUAAGACCGAUGGAUGGGGUCUCAAUCAUCAGCCAAUAAACGCAUUUAAUAUUAUUUUGAUUCGUAGGUAUAGCUCACAAAAUGCCACCUUCUCCCUCUUUUCAUAGGCAUUAUUGUGCUACGCAAUGUUUCAUCGUCUCUUUCAGUAUCGUGUUUGUUUUAUUGGGUAUAUCAUUGUCUCCAACUUUGAUAAAUACGUAACAUUAAAGACAUCAAACUAUUCAUAAAUUCAUAAUAGGAACUAACAGACAUUAUAAAUGCCUACCUAAAUAUCUAAACUGUAAACUCUGCUAUUAUUUGGUUUGGAUCGUACCAAAUCCUUAUUACUUGUUUACAAUAAAUACAUUCAUCUAAA